AUGGCGAGCGCAGGUCCUUCUACACCCGACGGAGAGCCGAUGCAGCAAGAUCAGGUCUCCCCAGACAACAUGACCUCCAAAGACUACUACGCGGAUUCCUACGCGCACUUCGGCAUUCAUGAAGAGAUGCUCAAGGACACGGUUCGGACUGGCUCGUACCGCAACGCAAUCGUCAACAACCCACACUUGUUCAAGGACAAGGUUGUGCUCGACGUCGGCUGUGGCACGGGCAUUCUCAGCAUGUUCGCGGCGAAUGCGGGCGCGAAGCACGUUGUCGGUGUCGAUAUGUCCAACAUCAUCGACCAAGCAACCAAGAUCGUGGAGGCGAACGGUCUGAAGGACAAGAUCACGCUCGUGAAGGGCAAGCUUGAAGAGGUUACGCUCCCUUUCGAUAAGUUCGACAUCAUCAUCUCUGAGUGGAUGGGCUACUUCCUCCUCUACGAGUCCAUGCUCGACACCGUCCUUCUUGCUCGCGACAAGUACCUGAAGCCAGACGGUCUGAUCUUCCCAGACGUCGCAACCCUCUACAUUGCGGCGAUUGAGGACUCUGAUUACAAGGAGGAGAAGAUCAACUUCUGGGACAACGUGUACGGCUUCGACUACUCGUGUAUCAAGGAAAUCGCGCUUCGUGAACCACUAGUAGACACCGUAGAGAUCAAGGCCGUUGUUACAGACCCAUGCCUCAUCAAGCACAUAGACUUGAGAACGGUGACGAAGGAAGAGCUCACCUUUACUAACGACUUCUCGCUCAAGGCGACAAGAAACGACUACGUACAUGCGUUCCUGGCGUGGUUCGACAUCCUCUUCGAAUGCACGCAUACCAAGGUUAGGUUCUCGACGGGCCCCCAUGCGAAGUACACACACUGGAAGCAGACCGUGUUCUACACCCCAGCCACUAUCACCCUGUCUGCAGGCCAGGAGAUCAAGGGUAGACUGUCAUGCGCCCCCAACGCGCGGAACAACCGUGACUUGGAUAUCACGAUCGCGUACCAGACCGAGGGCGAGCUUGAGACAGAGUUCCACUACAAGAUGACGCAGGCGAGAACGUACGCUGACCGUUUGUCAGGUCAUAAUCUCGCUUGGGACAAAUUCCGUCGCCGCACCCGCAUCCGUGUCUGGGUCGACUGGCUGUGA